GUUAGGGUUGCAGAGAGACACUGGGAAGGAGAGAUUAGAAUAGGAGAGUCUCCGCUGAUUCUGUUUGUUUGAAGGCAUCCCCCCUCUCUCGCUCUCUCUCUCUCCAUCUUUCUCUCUCUCUCUCUUUCUUUGUUCUCUCUCUCUCUCUCUCUCUCUCUCUCUCUCUCUCUCUCUCUCUCUCUCUCUCUCUCUCUCUCUCUCUCUCUCUCUCCCUCUGUCUCCCUCAGUCUGGUACCCUGUUCAAGAGUGAAUACCACAGCCUAAGACAUAGGACCAUGACUGGGGAACUGAGGCCACGUCGCCCAAAGGCAGGAACCAAGAGAGCCAGCAGUGAGGCCUUCGGAUCUGACUAUGACCUGGAGUAUGACAGCUAUCCAGAUGACCUCUACAACAGGGUGUUUGACUACCAGCGUGUCCCAGCCUCCAUGAUGCCAGCCCCAGUGGAGCCCAGCCCUAUGAAACACUCCCAUGGCCCCUCUUCCUCCUCCGGACUGCACCGCUCCAGAGACAGAAUACAGGGCAAGAGGAGUGCCCAGCGCACCGGCUCUUCCAGCAACAGGGCAAAGUUGAAGCUGGCAGAGCUGUUGGCCAUAAAGAGUGAGUUGACUCUGAUCAAGGUGCAAAUUGAUGGACUGCUGGACAGUGUGGAAAAGAUGGACAGACGGAGAAAAGAUCACUCAGAUUCACCACUGACCGGGGAGGGCAGUGUGUCGGACUCAGUGAGCAGUCUGGACGACUCCCCUGUCAGCCUUCACCACAGACAGAGAGAGAGCCCAGAGCCAGGAGAAGCCAGCGAUGAUUACCACCAGCACCACCACAGGAUACAUAACCAUCAUUCUGAUCUGGAAGAUAACAUGUGAGGAGAUCAGGUAUACAUGGCUAAUAAAGACUCAAUGAACCCAAUGACAGCAGCACAGCGACAUGGAGAGGGAUUCAAGUGAAGAGGAGUGAUCAUCUCUGAUCACAGUCAACAUGGACAGAACCUUCAAAUACACUGUACCUUACAAAGUUGGAUCUUCAGUGAAUCUUUUCUUUUGAUGAGUAAGAAAUAUUUCCCUGGUUACCCUCAGUUCCUUUCCCACAGUAAGCUUCUGUCCACCUUUGUGUCUCCAGCUCCCCUUUGUAACAGGUUCCUACAGACUUAUGGACUCAACAAAAUAUGGCAGCUUUAAAAAAAAAUGUGUAGUCUCUUGAAGAAUGGGUCUGACAACUGAUAUGCAUCACACAGACAGACACACCCACAUUUAUACAACUACAGUUGAAGUUGGAAGUUUACAUAUACUUAGGUUGGAGUCAUUAAACUUGUUUUUCAACCACUUCACAAAUUUCUUGUUAACAAACUAUAGUUUUGGAAAGUCAGUUAGGACAUCUACUUUGUGCAUGACACAAGUAAUUGUUUCCAACAAUUGUUUACAAACAGAUUAUUUCACUUAUUUCACUGUAUCACAAUUCCAGUGGAUCAGAAGUUUACGUACACUAAAUUGACUGUGCCUUUAAACAGCUGGGAAUAUUCUAGAAAAUUGACAUUAUUUGAGUCAAUUGGAGGUGUACCUGUGGAUGUAUUUCAAGACCUACCUUCAAACUCAGUGCCUCUUUGCUUGACAUCACUGGAAAAUCAAAAGAAAUCAGCCAAGACCUCAGAAAACAAAUUGUAGACCUCCAAGUCUGGUUGAUCCUUGGGAGCAAUUUCUAAACGCCUGAAGGUACCACGUUCAUCUGUACAAACAAUAGUACGCAAGUAUAAACACCAUGGGACCACGCAGCCGUCAUACCGCUCAGGAAGGAGACGCAUUCUGUCUCCAAGAGAUGAAUGUACUUUGGUGUGAAAAGUGCAAAUCAAUCCCAGAACAACAGCAAAGAACCUUGUGAAGAUGCUGGAGGAAACAGGUACAAAAGUAUCUAUAUCCACAGUAAACCAAGUCCAAUAUCGACAUAACCUGAAAGGCUGCUCCGCAAGGAAGAAGCCACUGCUCCAAACCCACCAUUAAAAAAAGCCAGACUACGGUUUGCAAAUGCACAUGGGGACAAAGAUCGUACUUUUGGAGAAAUGUCCUCUGAUCUGAUGAAGCAAAAGUCGAACUGUUUGGUCAUAAUGACCAUCGUUAUGUUUGGAGGAAAAAGGGGGAGGCUUGCAAGCCGAAGAACACCAUCCUAACCGUGAAGCACGGGGAUGGAAGCAUCAUGUUGUGGGGGUGCUUUGCUGCAGGACGGGUUGGUGCACUUCACAAAAUAGAUGGCUUCAUGAGGAAGGGAAUUUAUGUGGAUAUAUUGAAGCAACAUCUCAAGACAUCAGUCAGGAAAUCAAAUCUUGGUCGCAAAUGGGUCUUCCAAAUGGACAAUGACCACAAGCAUACUUCCAAAGUUGUGGCAAAAUGGCUUAAGGACAACAAAGUCAAGGUAUUGGAGUGGCCAUCACAAAGCCCUGACCUCAAUCCCAUAGAACAUUUGUGGGCAGAACUGAAAAGGCGUGUGCGCGAAAGGAGGCCUACAAACCUGACUCAGUUACACCAGCUCUGUCAGGAGGAGUUGGACAAAAUUCACCCAACUUAUUGUGGGAAGCUUGUGGAAGGCUACCCAAACGUUUGACCCAAGUGAAACUAUUUAAAGGAAAUGCUACCAAAUACGAAUUGAGUGUAUGUAAACGUCUGACCCACUGGGAAUGUGAUGAAAGAAAUAAAAGCUGAAAUAAAUAAUUCACUCUACUAUUAUUCUGACAUUUCACAUUCAUUAAAAAAGUGGUGAUCCUAACUGACCUAAAACAGGGAUUUUUUACAAGGAUUAAAUGUCAGGAAUGGUGAAAAACUGAGUUUAAAUGUAUUUGGCUAAGGUGUAUGUAAACUUCCGACUUCAACUGUACAUUCGUAAUGUUGUACUGCCACUUGAUGUAUUCAGAUCACCACAGAUUAGGAAUAUGUAAUUAAUCAAUUGAUAUAAAUAGCCAUUUGAGAUUGACCAGGCAUCGGACAACAAUAUUAGGCAUCUAAACUCCCUGUGUGUUCUCCUCUACUUUGCAUAUUUGUCUCUACCAACUUCCCAUAGCUUCCACAUUAGUACUGUCAGUAGCUAGGUUUCCAUCCAAAUGGAGUCAGAUAUUUAUGCAAAUAUUCUCAAAUCGGCAUAAAGAAAAUAUGCACAUUUUACCACUAGUGGUGUGUUUUCAUUCCACCAAACUGACUUGUUGUGGAUAAAAAAAAAUAGUGAGUGAUGACAUAGUGCACAUACAAAUAACUUGUGCGGUUAAAUUCCCAUGUACCGGAAAAAAACCCACGCUAAAUAGGUUUCCUUCGCAUUUUCAACUCUACUGAUGGUUGGGUGAUGAAAUACAGUAUGUUGCGUCAUCGCGAAUGUGCCCACUCUGGUAUUGGCACACGUGCGCUCUAGCCAACAGCUAUACUGUUACAUACAUGAUGAGAUUAUUAUGGAAAGAGUGAGAUUAUUUAUAUUUGUCAAAUGGCAGCCAAACAUAGAUCAUCAUAUCACUAGGAUAAGACUCUCCAAUAUGUAUUGGAAAGGACUAUCAUGUGUUGUCAUUAUCAGUAGCUAGGUUUCCAUCCAAUUGGCAACAGAUUUUCAUGCGAAUAUUCUAAAAUCCGCAUAAAAACAAUGUGCGCAUUUUCCCAACACGUGUUUCCAUCAAAUUUACUUGUUGCGGAUAAACGACUGUGCGUGAUGACAUAGAGCAAAUAAAAAUAACAUUUGCGGUUAAAUCCCCUUGUACCGAAUAAAAAAAUACACGUCAAAUGCAUUUCUUUCGCAUUUUCAACUGUAUUGAUGUAACAUGAUGAGAUUAUUAUGGAUUAAAGAGCGAUAUUGUUUAUCAAACGGCAGUCAAGCGUCGAUGAUCAUGUCACCAGAAUAAUAACCUCGAUAUUUAUUGGAGCAUUAAACUCAUCACCUUGCACUUUCACAACCCUGUUCAAUUCACCAUCAUUUAUUUAAUAUGUAGCUAAUAAACUGCAUGCUUUCCCGACGAGUUGUAGUGGGAGGACCACACCACAAACCAUCGUGUGUCUCCAAGUUAACUUCAAUAUGAGGGUUAUUAUAUCAAUACUUGCGCCUAAAAGCGUUUCCACCGACAUUUCCCGCAAAAUGAAUUUUACCGAAACAAAAAGAUCCUGUAUUUUGUUUUGUAGACAUUUGGAAAGUUUACCAACACUUGUUCUGUUUCCAUUGUGCCUGUCAUACAAUUUCUUUUCAGACGUACUUUACUUGCAUACAAAGGUUGGAUGGAAACCUUAUUGACUUGAGGAGGAAUUUGUUGAUUGCGUUAUUCUGGUGACAAUAUCGGCAUCAAACUAUUUUCUUUACCCCAGGAGGUGCUUCAAUGCCACAACUAAAAACUAUUAUUCAUUGUAAAUAGUCAUAACAAUUGCCAUUGAAAAAUACUACAGGGUUGUUCCACGAAAUUAGUGCCUUUUGCUUCCCUUUGAUAUUUGAAGUAGAAAUUGUGCACAAAUAUUGCAUUUUAAAAGCCUCUUAAAUGAAAUGCCAUUGAAUAUAGACCACAUUGGAUUUCAAUACAUUUGAUUUUUAAUAUGAAUAAAAAACUUGCUAAAGUGCCAAAAGUCAGCACUUUGACAUCUCUCUCUGUGCAUCCUCUGUGACCUCAAGGAAAAUGUUAACCCUCUUCUUCACCCCAACAUUUCUCCAGGAUUUCAUCAUCAUUGUAAAGCCCUAGUUAUUUUGUUGCUUUGACCAAGUCAUUUCUGAAGAUUAUUUAUUUAUUUAAUAUUAUUAGUGAUACAUUUUAAGGUAAAGAAAAACCCUGUCCCUCAUUUUAAGGUCAACCCUGUUAUGUAAACUGAACACUAUUUUAGUAUGCUGAAACUAUUCCUUUAAAAAAAUUGUUUUUUCAAAAGAGACAUUAAACUUUGAACAGUCAAAUCAGGUGAGCUCGUUCUACUAUUUUUUUUGUCAUUUUCUGGUGUUUUGUGGUGGAGAACUGAGUGGGUAAAGCAUAAGAUGUUGCCCAUAGACAGGCUAGAAAUUAUUUUAACAAUUUCGAUGUUUUUAGUGAAGCUUGCAUUCAAUUGCCUCUCCUUGUUGCACACACCAAGCUUCUAUUCCCCUUGUCACAAGGGGAUUCAUGUCUGCUUUAAGUUGUCAACCUUGUUACUUUAUUUGGCACUUAAUAGGCAUGCAAUUACUGUAGUCAUUUCUUUUUUACCUCUAGAGAUGGGAACAUUUUGUUUUAUGUUAAGUUGAACAUGUGCUCUUUGUGACAGAAGGUAAAAAUGUAGUGAAAUAAAAUGUUUUUAUCCCCAGCGUGUUUAACUAUUCAAAAGGCACCUAAUUGGUGGAACGACCUUACUGUAUAAUGUUGUACUGUAUUUUAAACCAUGGCUAUUUGAAAACAACUGUUAAAAUAAGUAUAUUUCACUUUCUUUAUGACCAGCAAGAAAAUAAAUCCAGACUAUUUACUCUGGAAAAAAUUAAGUUGAAGAUGUGAUGGUUUUUCAUAGAUUCCCAGUAUAUUAUUAUAUUAAGCAUUUGCGUUUACUUUGCAUUAUUAUAUAUGUUUCAUGAAGUCUCGUGGUUUUUUGUGUUUAUAAAAUACUGAAUAUAAACUAUACAUUGGUGACAGUAGUAAAGGUAUGACUAUUUUCGAAUAACUGAGUAUGCAUAUUUAUUUAACAUACAUUUGAGUAGCCUGAGCAUAGAAAUGUGGUGGCUUAUUGUUUGGCAGUGUUCUCUGUACUCAGUUCAAUAAUUUACCUGACUUGUAAACAAUUAGUAAUUAUUAUAUUAUUUUCUUUAUUUUUAUCUGUGGACUAUUCUAAUUUGAUUGUCUAUUUUAUAUUGUCUUGUUAUGGGCAAUUAAGUCGGCCAGGCGACCACAAUAAACACUGUAUCAACCA